AUGAGUUCAGACAACGUUGUUACUUCUUCAAUACUCCCAGAUUCAUAUUCACUAGCUCGAAGACACUUACAGUUGAGUCGAGCAAAGCUGAAAGCUACUAGUCGAGUGUCUGCGUUGCUGGCGGGUUUCGCUAUGGUUGCAAUCAUUGAAUUGCAGGUUGCUGUUGGCGAAAGUAAACCACCUGAAGGAUUAUUGUUUGCUUUCACGAUUCUUUCAUGUCUUCUGGUUGUCGUGCAUAUUAUGGCUGUAAUGAUAAGUACUUGCAUUUUGCCACAUAUUGACUCAUACACGGUCCCUCAAGACUGUUAUUUGAUUGAGGAAGCACCACACAACAGAUUAAGAACAUUUGUUGAAGUUGCAUGGAUUUGCAGUACUGUGGUUGGCAUCAUUUUAUUUUUAGCUGUGGUAACCUUAGCAUUUUGGGUUAAAUUUUGGUCUGUGAGUAGCUUGUCUGCCAUAGCCGCAACAAUUGUUUUGAUGCCAGCCAUGCUCAUUUUCGUCAUUUUCGCUAUAUUAUUUUAUCGUGCACUCACUACCUACAAAGUGGAACGAGCUACAGAAAUGAUACGCAAUAUUGAUAUGCGCAUGUCCUUUCUUAGAAGUGGAGUUCAGAAGAUAUAUGACGAAGAUAACAGGAAACAACAUGUUUGA